AUGUACUCUCUGCGUAGUAUUGCGCCGCGUUUGUCGCUUAAUCGGAGCUCCGGUUUACCUCCGCUACCCCUCAAUCGCUACGCUCGAUUACCUGUGCUCCACAUCAAUCAUUUCUCCCUUUCUUCCACAACUCAAGCAACCACCAUGGAUGACAACGUUAAGCAACAUUAUUUGGCCGACUCACCUCCUACGGUAGUCAGGCUAGAAAUCAAGCCACACUUCGACUCUCUCAAGGAUGAGUCGUUGCGUAAAUAUGCUCACUAUAUGAGCAGAGCGGCAUUCCAGGGAACUCGUGUCACUUUACGUCAGGUCUCCCCGGAGUCUGAACCCAUCUACGACUUUAUUAUAUCCCUCCACCGAGCCUGCAAUGGUGACUGGAACAGCUUGGCUCAGAAGACCCAGGUCACUGAAGAGCAUCUCCGUUUCUUCCUCGAAUAUGCUGCUCAGUUCUUAGGAAACUGUGGUAACUAUAAGGGUUUUGGUGACUCCAAAUUCAUCCCUCGUCUUCCCCUCUCUGCCCUGGAAGCUCUGGCAUCCAUUACCCCAGAGAUCAAGGCAGCUCUCCAAAAGGCGAACUCUACUGGUGGAGGUCUCUACGAGACUAGUGAACAAUCAAUGAUGCACCUUGGGUACCCUACAAGUGGACACAUGACCACAUAUUACCCAGACUCCCCCACCAUCACCAAGGAUGAGAUCACUGCUAUCGGAGAUCUAAUGGAAAAGAAGGGAUUGGCAUUGGAGAACACCAGAAUUCGCAAGACGACCUCCGGUGACUUUGAACUUCUGAUCGCAUCUGAGGAGAAUACCUUUGAGCUUGAAGGAGCUCUGCAAGGGAAGACUCUUCGCCUGGUAUAUGGUGACUACCAGGAGGAAAUGGCAAAGAUUGCCCAUUCAAUCAAGCAGGCGGAGCUCAAUGCGGCGAACGACAACCAGAAGCGGAUGUUGGAGGCUUAUGCCCGCUCCUUCGGUGCGGGUUCUAUUGAAGCUUUCAAGGAAAGUCAACGCAUCUGGGUCAAGGACCAGAAGCCUGUUUUGGAGACCAAUAUUGGUUUUGUUGAGACCUACCGCGACCCCCACGGUGUGCGUGGUGAGUGGGAGGGUUUGAUUGCUUUGGUUAACAUGGAACGAACCCGCGCUUUUGGUGCCCUGGUCGAUAGUGCUGAAAGCAUGAUUCCUAAGCUCCCCUGGGGCACCGAUUUUGAGAAGGAUAAAUUCCUGAGCCCUGACUUCACCUCCCUGGAAGUUCUGAGCUUCGCGGGCUCUGGAAUCCCUGCUGGUAUCAACUUGCCCAACUAUGACGAUAUCCGUCAGAAUUUGGGCUUCAAGAACGUGUCUUUGGGUAAUGUUCUGAGUGCCAAGGCUCCUAAUGAGCCCAUUCCGUUCAUUAGCGAAAAGGACCAGGAUGUUUUCCGCCAGUUCCGCGAUCCUGCCUUUGAGGUUCAGGUUGGUAUUCACGAACUUCUGGGCCAUGGAACUGGCAAGCUUCUUCAAGAAACUGCCCCCGGGAAAUACAACUUCGAUAUCGCCAACCCGCCCAUCAGUCCUGUAACUAACAAGCCUGUGGCGAGCUGGUACAAGCCCGGCCAGACAUGGAGCUCCGUGUUUGGAGCCGUUGCUGGAUCUUAUGAAGAGUGCCGUGCUGAGUGUGUGGCCAUGGCGCUGGGAUGUGAUUUCGAAAUCCUGAAGAUCUUCGGAUUCGGAGAUGGCACCGAGAAUAUGAGCAACGAGGCUGGAGACGUUCUCUUUACUGCAUACUUGCAGAUGGCUCGAGCUGGUCUGGUCGCCUUGGAGUUCUGGGACCCCAAGACUCAGAAAUGGGGCCAAGCCCAUAUGCAAGCCCGUUACAGUAUCUUGCGCACUUUCCUUGCUGCUGGCAAUGGCUUUGUCAAGCUAUCAUACACCAAGGAUGAUCUUUCCGAUCUUGAAAUCCAUCUCGACCGCUCUAAGAUCUUGACUCACGGACGGGCUGCUGUGGAGCAGUACUUGCAGAAGCUUCACAUUUACAAGAGCACUGCCGAUGUCGAAGCUGGCAAGGCCAUGUAUGAUGAUAUCACCUCCGUCGAUAGUUGGUGGGGAACCAAGGUGCGUGAGGUUGUCUUGAAGAACAAGGUUCCUCGAAAGGUCUUUGUCCAGGCCAACACUGUCUUGGAAGGAGAUAAGGUGACCUUGAAGGAGUAUGAGCCCACCCUCGAGGGCAUUAUUCAAAGCUAUGUGGAGCGGGACGUCUAA